CUGACGCGAGGGCGGGGCCCUGACCUUGCACUGGACUUUCACUCGCUGCCGCUCGGCGCUCCGGGGUUCCGCCUCCUUCCUUCCGUCCAGCUCUGCCCUCCAUGGAGAAGGUCGGCGUCGUGUUCGGCGGUUCUCGAGGCAUCGGCAAGGCGGUGGCCAAGUUAAUGGCCCAGAAGGGCUACCGGCUGGCGAUAGCGGGCAGGGACUUGGAGGCCGCGGUAGCCGCCGCCCGGGACCUCGGGGGAAAUCAUUUGGCACUUUGCUGUGAUGUUGCUAAAGAGCAGGAUGUUCAAAACGCGUUUGAAGAGAUGGAGAAAAAUUUAGGUCGUGUUAAUUUUUUGGUAAAUGCAGCUGGCAUAAACAGGGAUGCCUUAUUACUAAGAACAAAAACUGAAGAUAUGGUGUCCCAGCUUCACACUAACCUCUUAGGAUCCAUGCUGACAUGUAAAGCUGCUUUGAAGAAUAUGAUUCAACAACAGGCAGGCUCUAUUGUUAAUAUAGGAAGUGUUGUUGGUUUAAAAGGAAAUCCUGGCCAAUGUGUUUAUAGUGCUAGCAAAGGAGGAUUAGUUGGUUUCUCCCGUUCUCUUGCUAAAGAGGUAGCAAGAAAGAAAAUUCGAGUAAAUGUCAUUGCUCCAGGAUUUAUCCACACAGAUAUGACGAAAGGGAUGAAAGAAGAACAGUUAAAGAAAAAUAUUCCUCUUGGGAGAUUUGGAGAGCCUAGUGAUGUCGCCCAUGCUGUUGUUUUUCUUCUAGAAUCUCCUUAUAUUACAGGACAUGUUCUGGUUGUAGAUGGUGGAUUACAGCUUGUUUUGUAAAGUGGGCACUAUUCGUAAUAAUAGUAUUUUGAAUUAAAAUUAUAGUUAAUUUUGUUAGCAACUACUGUAUCAUACCUAAAUGAAUGAUAAACCUAUACAUAUUGGAUUCCA